CCUUGGCUCUCCUCCAUUGAUGGACCCGCCUCUUGAUGUCUGCAUUGGCCUCCCCCCGCAAAAAGACCCUGCAAAAGUCCCCGCCGUCCUCGCCGCUCUCGCAUGAACAAGACUCGGCCCCGUCCUUUCAGUGGCCAAAAGUUCGUCUGAUGGGCUCGGGCUCGCUUGCACAAGAGCCGGGAGACCCGUCGCUCCCGGCAUCGCCCUUACCGCCUUCCCCGGACCACCCCGUGGGGCAUCGCAGGCCUGCCCGGCAUUCCAGCAGAGCCGCUUCGCACUCGGAUUCGGCUGAUUCCCGACAAAAGGAGGCAUCCAAAUCGGCGUACCUGCGUCCGCCAGAAGCCUCGCCAUCGGGUCGCCUGUCCGGCAAUUUGUCGUCUGGCAAUCUGUCGUCUGGCAAUCUGUCUUCUUCCGAGUCGCUGCUUCCACCCGUUUCUAUCCAAGCCUCACCAUCGGCACUGGCAUCGGCAUCGGCACUGACAUCGACACCAGCGUCCCAGCCGGCGCUCGCUUCAAAGAGUCCGCUGACCGUCAGCUACGUUCAGCCGCUGUCUGGCGCCGGCCCGUCCGAGAUUUUUGCGUCGCCUCAAGUCCAUCUACAGACCUCCCAUCUGCCCCCGAACGCCAGCUGGUUUGCCCGACUCCUCGACAACAUCGUCGAAAUCGACCGCUUUCUUGAAGGGCUGUCGACCGACUACAAGGUCCACGAGUUUAUCGGCUAUUGGCUCAUCAUCAUGAUCCUCGAUGCGCUCACGAUCGUGCCCGUGCGUAUCGAGUGGGUCCUGUUCUCGGCCUACUCGGUGCGCUCGUUCUACCGGACUUCGGAGCUAUCGCUUCGCUCCUUUGUCUCGGCCAUUCUCUUCAUUCUCGGCCUCGACAUUUUUGUCUAUUCGUUGCUGCUCUAUGGGAUCCACCCGCAAUUCCUCGCCAUCGUCGCCACGUCGUCGGUCUAUUUUUUCCUCGUCAACCGCUUCCGCGGCGGUAUGUCCGAGCCGCUCUCGUGGCUGCUGUGGGCCCUCUUUGUCGUUGCCGAGUUUCUGCUCAAGGAGCCGCCGCGUUACGGCUACUACAUUCUCGUUGCCGUCCACUGCAUCUCCUUUGGCAUCUUUACGUUCUUCUCCGAAGUCGUCGUCACCAUUGUCGAGUACCAGCAGGAGAUUAUCGCCCGCAACAACGCCAUCUUUGGCGAGCUGCGACCCUACCACUCGUAUCUGUCACAAACCACCUCCAUCCCGACCCACAUCAGCAACCGAAUCUACUACCCCCGCAUCCAGCGCAAUUUUUUCAAUGCCACCCGUCAGCGCAAUGCCUCGCGCACUACGCCCUCGGCCGUCACCCAGGACCGGCAACUGCCUCCGCCCGUCAACAUCCUUGGGCACGCCGAGCCCCUCAGCUCCCCGACCUCGCCGACGAUCCAGUACUUUUAUUCGAACCACUUUGACGAGGACAACCGGUUCGAGCUGUGUCUCCAGUCCAUUACCCACGACUCGAUGAUCCUGUCCUGGAGCCUGCCGCAGUCGCUCGUCGUAACUCUGAGUACCCUCGUAGGCUCAACUUUUGUCCCUCCGAUUCCGCUGUCGCUUCCAAGUUUCGGUAACGCUGCUUCGCCUCCAACCGCACCCCAGCCCUCGGCAUCGACCGCGGCCCCACCGACCUCGGCCUCGCUGCUGGAUCCAUCUGUUGCGCCGUCUGCCCAGCUGGUCCCGUCCAAAGACGCCGAUCCAACCGCGAAUGAUCCCUCGAGCCUGGCUGUACCUCCCAGCGCAGCUCCCGGCUCCUCUUCCGUGCCAACAGCUAUGGCACGUUCGUCACCGCCUUCGGGCUCGGCCGACACAGAGUACUCUCGAGUACCAAGCCCGUCGAUUUUCUUUUCCGCAGCUCCACAUCAACGCAGCAUCGCGGUGCAUCUGCUGCCAGCCGAUCUCGUCGCCACCAUCAUGAAGGAGACCACCAUCACGCUCAAUGCGUGCGCUUGGUCAAGCUUUAGCGUGACAUCAACACCGACAUCGGAGGAAUUCACGAUGCACGUCAAGGGCCUCGAGCCCACCACGCCGUAUGAGGUUGUUGUCUCCAUCAAGGGCUAUCGCUCACUGCCACUCAGGAUGACCACGCUCGAGAAGCUCGGCAAGCCUUCUCAGUUCCUUGCAACGCGACUCCACCGCAGUCAGCCUAGUGUCUCUGAGCCAAAAGGCGCAUCUAGAGACACCGAUGUUGCGAGAAGUUUCAGCAGCGAUGUCGAAGACACGGCUACCAAGCCUGUCUCUCCGGAUUCAGAUAGCACCCUCUUUUCCAAGAACGUGCUCGAGUCCGCAAGCCCCGUCGGUGGCGAUCUCCCCUCCACCGACAGCGCUGCCAAAAACCUUGCUCAGCAGCACGCCAAGAAGGCCGAGACCCAUCGUAACCUGGAGUUGCUGUGCGCCACGGGCCGCGAGAACAAGAAAGCCAUCCAAGCCUUCCUCAAGAAGCUCAAGCGCGACUGCCAGCGAUCGCUCCAAGGGCUCAAGUCGGAACUCGAGACAUGUCGCAAGCAGAUCAUCAAGGACCAGCAGUAUGAUAUCCGGACCAAGCAGCGGCUGCAGUUCCUCAAGGACAACACGGCCCAGACGCAAGAACGCUGUCGCGAAAUGGAGAGCCAGCUGGAACUGCUCCAGAGCCAACGAGGGCCCCAAGAGGAGGAAAUCCAGGUGCUCAGCAAGAGCGUCGCCGAUGCCAAGGAGGCCAUCAAGCGCGCGGAGAAACAGAACGCCAAAGCCAUUGCCGGCCUCAAAAAGGCCUGCAUCGACACCAAGCAGGAGCUCGCUCAGAUCCUAAGCGAUCUUGCGCAUCUCCAGAGCAAAGCCGCGGCCCUGGCCAAGAAACGUGAGAAGCUCGAGGGGCCUGGCGCAGCGAUGAUUGAGGCCCGCAUCGAGGCAGCCCGGUCACGAAAGGAAAGCAUGAAGGAGCAGAUCCAGAGCGUCGAGCAGGCCCGCGACAGCAAGCUGGACGAGAAGGAACUGGAGCUCAAGGUCUUCAAAAAUGCAUGCGAGAGCGGGCGCGCCCGCAACCUUGGCCUUCGAGAGACGAUCGAGGAGGAGCGUCGGUUCAAGGAAAAGCUGCUGGAGGAACUGCGUGUGCUCGAAGCCAAGGCUAAGGACUCGACCUCGCCCAAAGAAGAAGACGCCGCCGCAAGCCUAUUGAGCCCCCUGCCGGUCAACCAAGACCUCGGCCUGCCUCUGGCGAUGAGCCGAACUCAGUCCGGUCAAACCUUGAUUCCCAGCAGUCCCGACACGCCAAAGCCACACCGUUCGGCUGAUUUUGUCCCCAAACCAUCCCAGCCCGAAGAACAGCUGGACUUGGCAGACACACUACAGCCCGAUCAGGCAGCCCAGGAUCGUCACAUGCCGGCAUCGGUCUUAUCAACAGAGACCCACCUGGGCAGUCCUAUUUCAGUGGGCUCUGUUCGAGACACGACGUGCUCGUCCGUGCUUGAGCCCGCUGUGGAUCACAUUCGAGAUUCUAUGAACGGUCCCACAGACAGCGCCAUCCUCGUUGACACGACCUCGUCUACCCACGAAAACCCAGAUCAGCCCGACGCAGCCGCUGAAGUGACCGGCCAGCCACCAGCCGCUGAGCCCGCCGACUCUUCUGCGCUUUUUGUUGCGAGCAAGUCUCUUGACACGCCGGGUGCUUCCGGGCCUGUUGUUGUGGCUGAGUGCAACAAGCAGAUCGAGGACCUGAUGGAUGUCUCACAGCUCGCUCGGCUCCACGCUGAAUUGCACAGUGAUGCCAUCUGAUGGAACUCGGUCUCCUCUCUCCCUCUCCCUCUCCCUCUCCCUCUUCCUCUCCCUCGCUCUCUCUCUCUCUCUCUCUCUCUUCUUGAUCUUGCUUUUGUCGAGUGGGUGUCGUUGAUUGGAAAGUAGCUAUCAUCGAUGAUAUUUUCGAAUUUACGGGCAAUCCAAUAUAAAACGGGACACCCCGGAUUUUGGCCGUUGA